AUGAAAAGCACAACAGGAAAAUCUCGAAACGUUGUUAAAAAGGAACAGCUUAAUCACGAAAGUAGUAAUAGCUCAGAUAAAGUUAGCAAGCGUAAGAAUCAACUGACCGAAAAAGAGCAAAAGAACAGUAAACAAGAGAUCUCUUUGACCGGCAAAAAGAGAACUCAGAAUGGCAAAUUCAAAAAGCGUGAUUCGCAAAAACAAGCUGAUAAUAAGCUUUUAUUAAAAGAGAUCGAUCUUGACGAUUCGAAGGAAGAAACAUAUUUCCCCAAAUGCUUAUUAAACUCGAAGAAUAAAUCAAAAAUGUAUUUUGAAACAAAUCCACAAUGGUAUACCAUCCAUUUUGAACAAAACAUCCAAAAUUCAUCCAAUAAAAAUCUCUCGGAAGAAACGAUAACAAAAAUAUACGAACAAUCAAAAAAACUCUUACAAGAAGAGAACGCACGCUUUGAAUCCAACCCCCCAUUUCAAGCAUCAGAUCGUGCAUUCUACACAGCUAUGCUUAAAUCGGGCACUUUGAAUGACAAAAUAUCCACUUUAUCAGUAGUGAUAUCCGCGUCGCCUCUACACGCUAUGAAAUCGAUGGACACGUUGAUGGCUAUGGCGAAAAAGAAUAAUCGACACGAAUCUCUACGCGCGAUUUUGAGUCUACGAGACGUUAUGACGGAAUCUUUGCUGCCUCCACGAAAACUAAAGUAUUUUCGCGAUCAACCCCUGUCAGAUCCGAAAGUUUCUGUUCGGCAUUUGAUUUUGUGGGUGUUUGAAGAUUAUCUUAAAAAAUAUUAUUUCGAGCUAAUAAGCAUAACAGAGGUGCUUUCUCAUGAUGUGCUCGUUCACGUGAGACAGCAAAUGGUCGAAACAAUAUUUGGCCUUGUAAAAAGCAAACCCGAACAAGAACAAAACCUUUUGAAGCUCUUGGUUAACAAAUUAGGAGAUAACGAUAAAAAAGUCGCCUCUAAAACAACGUAUCUCAUUCAACAACUACUAAAUACGCGUCGUGAUCUAAGACUGGCAAUAGUUUGUGAAAUCGAGCAAUACCUUUUACUAAGUAGUUCGAGACCACAUGCGCAAUACUACGCUGUCAUCUGUCUCAACCAAACGAUAUUGAUGAGAAAAGAAGUAGAAUUAGCCAAUAAGCUCAUCGAUGUAUAUUUCGUGUUCUUUCGGCAGCUGUUGGGUGUUAAGAAUACCGAUAAACGAGAUAACAAUAUGAAAUCGAGUUCUGGAAAGAAUGAAAAACUAAAAGGAAAAGGCAAUAAUAAUUUUGGUAAAAACAAAAAGAAUUUUGCAAAGAAAAAAAAAGGGUCUUUAAAUGAUAGUUACCAGGUCUUGCCGAGUGAUGAUUCGAUUAAUUCCAAAAUCAUUGCGGCAGUAUUGACUGGUGUCAAUCGUGCUUUUCCCUUUGCAAAAGUGGAUGAGGAUGUAUAUAAUCGUAACAUGGACAUUUUAUUUCGUAUAACUUAUUCUGGCACAUUCAAUACGAGUGUUCGAGCUCUGAUGCUGAUAUUUCAAGUUUGUUCGGCAAAAGAGGAUAUUUUAGAUCGAUUCUAUCGUACGCUCUAUGAAUCACUGUUUGACGUUCGGCUAAUAACGUCUUCGAAGCAUGCAAUAUAUCUAAACUUGCUAUUUAAGGCUCUCAAAGCUGACGAGUCGAUGGCGCGUGUCAAAGCUUUUAUCAAACGAAUAUUGCAAACGGCUGCUCAUCACCAACCGCCCUUUAUUUGUGGCGUGUUUCAUUUGAUAUCAGAAUUGAUGAAUCUAAGACCAGGACUUCGAGCUCUAAUCUAUCAACCCGAAGAAAAUGAUGAGGAAGAACAUUUUGUUGAUGUGCCGGAAGAGAAUGAUGAUGAUUCUAUAAUUUCAGACAAACCCAAGUUUAAUAAAGUGUCUUCGUCACAACAAUCAGCAUCAGAAGAAAACACGCAUAAAAAAUAUGAUGGAAGGAAACGUGAUCCUCAAUAUAGUAAUGCGGAUCAGACUUGUCUUUGGGAACUGGCAAUGCUCUUUUUCGAAUCAUUUCCACCCGUCAGUGGCAUUAUAUGCAAGCCAACUCCUCAGCAAAAUCCGAAAAAAUCGGAUUCAGCUAAAGGAAGUUCGAUAAUGCAGCCUUCUGUAGCAUCCACAACUGGUGUUUUAACGAUGAAAAAAGGAGCAGGGAUUGCGAAAGAAGAAGUGGUGAAUUCUGAAGAGUUUUGGCGAAAGAAAGUUGAAGAUAUACCAGUUGACCAGAUAUUUUUCCACAAGUAUUUCACUCAAAAACAAGCGUCAUUGGGUGGAUUGCCAAAUGUGGAUUUUGAUCCUGGUGAAAAUGACGAUGAUCAAGAUGAUUUAGAAGAUUUUGAAUUUGAUGAAGAUGAGGAGGAAAUUGGUAGUCCCGAAGCAGAAGAUUCCGUUGAUGGAGAUGAUUUUAAUCCAAGAAUCAUAAUAAACACAAAAAAGGUUGGAAUCGGACCUGAAAAGACUAAACGACAAAAACUUAAACAUUUGCCAACAUUUGCUAGUUUUGAUGAUUACGCUGAAAUGCUUGAUGAUUAA